AUGACCCCAAGGGAGCAGCUGAGGAACAUGUCAGCGAUGGGGGAGCAGGGGGCUCUGGACGAGAAACACUGGUACCGCCUGGUCAACGGCAUGUCUGCCGGAGAGCUAUGUCAGAGGCAAGAGAUGAUGAUGAGGAACCAGAUAGCCAUGGCUCCUCAGAUCCUGGCCCAAGGACAGCAGAGGUUACAGGGGGUGCCCACCCAGUUUGAGCCUCGCUUCAUGGAAAGAGAGCUGGUUCCACCCUCGGAGAUGGGAUCUUCCGAGGCCAGGCAGAUGCACAUGGGGGGUCACCUGGGUCCGCCCAUGCCCCCACACCCUGGAAUUUCUGGCAGGGGCUUCCCUGGAGUUGGUUACAGUUUCAUGCCCUCAGAGCCCAUGGAGACAGUUGCCCGGCGACAGGAGCUCAUCCACAAGCAGAAUGUCGCCAGGAUGGAGAUGAAUGCCAUCCUCCACCAGAAGGAGAUGGAGAAUGCCCAUCAGAGGGGUCUGGUGGGUAUGGAUGCGCCCAUGAUGUACCAGUCCAACGCCAUGGCUCUCCGGGGGCGCCAGCGCCUCCCAGAUGGCCACGACUUCUUCGUCCACCGUACCACCCUGGAGGAAAUGCAGGCCAACAACCUCCUGAUGUCCUCCAGCCCCUAUCCACCAAUCAGCACGCUGCAGAGGGAGAGGGGCCGCAGGGCUGGUCGCAGGGCAACUAAUCACAAGAGCGCAGAGAGCCAUGCGUCUGGCCCCAAGGGCCAAUCGGAGGGCAAGAGCGUGGAGCAGAGUCCCGGGGGUGCCUCUGGAGAUGAGAAAGAGGCGGAGGGGAAAAUGGAUAUGGGAGGGGAGGCAGUCGGCAAACAACAUCAAGCCAAAAUGGACACAGAGCUCUCGUCGAAUGGCAGAAAGAGCUACAAGGAGGCGGCGCAGGGCCUGCGCAAAGCCUGCAUAAACAGUCAAGAUGGCUGCCCUGACGUCACCAACCGCAACAGUGGCGCCAGCGACAAAGACAGGCCCACUCAAUGCUCUGCGUUCCAGUAUCCCUCCGCCAGUGGACCUAUCCCAGGCAUGCCUUACAUGUUCCCUCCUGGGCCACCCAAUCUCUUUCUUAACGGACAAGACAUGUCCUCUGUUAAAGACCUCAGGAAGUGGACAGUGGAUGACGUGUACAUCUUCAUUAAAAACAUGCCCAGCUGCUCUGAAUAUGCUCAGACGUUCAAGGACCACGUGAUAGAUGGAGAGACAUUGCCAUUCCUGACAGAAGACCAUCUACUGGACACGAUGGGACUGAAGCUGGGCCCGGCACUCAAGAUACGAUCACGGGUAUCGAGCCGGCUAGGCAGCAUGUUCUACACGAUGAGCCUCCCAUUCUCCGCUGCCGCCGCCCUACAGGCCACCCCUGAGAAUGCAGGAGGAGACAGAUCGUCAGAGAUCAGCUCCCCUGUAUACUGUAACAGUGUGGAGAUGAUGGGCAGCCCCUGCACCAGAGACCCAGAAGGCCGGAAACCCACAGACCCCCUCCCAGAGACUGACAACCCCUCUCCCCCCUCGGCCAGCAGUGAAACUGCCUGA